AGUUCACCACAUUUUAUCAUCACAUUGAUUAGCUAACUUUCUCCAGAUUUUCAGUGUGCAUAAAUCCAAAUCCAAAACAAAAAUGAAAUUCGUACUUCUCGCUGCCCUUGUGGCGUUCGUCUGCUACGUUUCAAUCCUUGACCCUGUCGCCGAAGGGCAAGCUGUCACGACCAAGGCUACCACAACCACGCCAGCGCCUAAAAAGAACAAGACUUGUCACGGCAAAUGGCACAAAAAACGUCCCACCCGAGGAAUCGGAGGGAGCAUUAAUUCCGCUGCUCCCGCCAGUGGUGGGGGUGGUCCGGGCGCCAUGGUCGCUGCCGCGGUCAAAUCAGGAGAAGCCGUCGCCGAUGCUGCAACUGCUGCAGGGAAGAAGAUCCAAAAAGCCGUGGGAGACGGGAUAAAAUCCAUGAUUCCCAAAAAAUCAGGAAAGAAAUCUGCUCAUAAUUAAAUUGGACAAUUAUCAAUCCACAAAUUAUCGUGUGACAUGGAUUCUUGAUAUUGUAAAUAAAUAAUUUCUGCAUUACAAAAGUA